UCAGUUAUGAACGGCGACCGAACCGAAACGUAAACAGCGUCCGCUGCCAUUUCACGCUUUUCUGAUAAAAAUGUUUUAAAUCAAAAAGUGUUAAUUAAAACCGAAAUCAAAGUCAAUCUGGCUGUGCUCGCAGACGGUUCGUGUUUCGUGCGCGUGAACGACAACAAACUAAAAUUGUUUUGCAGCAUCUGUUUAAAUAAAAUACCAAAUUACAUUCGCGACGGCGUUUGGCUCUCGUGAGUGUGCUUUUUGCAUACAUAUAUAUAUAUAUUUUGUGUUUAUGUUCUACCUGACAUUCUGUGGCAUCUCAGUUGUGAAUGUCAGCCACAAAGUGCACGAGCCAAGAAAUCACGGCCAAAAGCAAAUAAACAAGAAUCAUUAAAAAACGGCAAUAAAACACAGACUCAAGAUUUCUCUGCACAUUUAACUAGAAACAAUUGCAAAUAAGUCGAGUCGCCAGCAAGAAGACGACAAAUAAAAGUAUUUUAAAUAAAUACCAAUAUAUACAGCUGGCUGGCCGUGAAACGCGGCCGACAAUUGGCGACCGCCAUGGACGAUGAGUUCAAGCUUUGCUGGAAAAAUUUCCAGGACAAUAUCGCGAGCGGCUUCCAGAAUCUGUACGACCGCGGCGACCUGGUAGACGUCACCCUGGCCUGCGACGGCAAGCUGCUGCAGGCCCACAAAAUCGUCCUGGCCAUAUGCAGUCCGUACUUCCAGGAGAUAUUCACCACCAAUCCCUGCCAGCAUCCAAUCAUCAUACUCAAAGAUGUGAGCUUCAAUAUCAUGUGCGAGCUGCUGGAGUUUAUGUACCAGGGCGUCGUGAAUGUCAAGCACACGGAGCUACAGUCCUUUAUGAAGAUCGGCCAGCUGCUGCAGAUCAAGGGGCUGGCGACCAAUUCGAACAGCCCGCCCGGCUCCAGUGCAUCAGAGAAGUCCACCAGUCAAGCGACAAAUGCUGCCGGCGGCGACGAGCCCAACAGCAGCAGCAGCGCCAGCAGCCAAAACCACAGCAAGGCGGAUGCGGAUCAGGCUGAGCCGAAGGGCAGCUCGCGCACGCCGAUGACCUCGCCGAGCGGCAGUCGAGCGGAUGCGGGUUUGCCCAUGUAUAUGCAGAGCAAGCGCCCGGCGCCGGCAGAAUUCAGCAGCGACUCCCUGUCCAUUUACUCGCGCAAGCAGUUGCGCAGAUCACUGACAGAGCAGCCGGGUGGCGAGAGCAUCGACAAUGCGGACAGCGGCGGCGGCGGCAUGGAGAAUGCUCUGGGCACUGAAGAGUUUUUUCUGCCGCCCAUACCGCACAUCUCCAUGGUGGAGCCACGCUACGAUAUGGGCAGCCUGAAGCGCGAGGCGGAGAAUCAUCAUCAGGCUGGAGCGAGCGGCAGUUCCGGUCCUUCAACAGCUGGCGGCUCGCUGCGCAAUCCGUUUGCGCCGGCCUUCAAUCUGGACUACAAUAACUUCUACAAGGCGGGCAACAGCAGCGGCGCCAGCAGCUCCAGCAAUGUGACCGGCGUGGCUGUCGGCAUAGGCAACAACAAUGGCGGCGGAAGCAGCGGGAGCGGAAGCGGUGGCGGCAGCAGCCUGGGCGUCAACGUUGGCCCCGCCACCGAAUAUCCAAAUGAUCUGUAUAUGCCCAGCGACUAUUCCAAGAACUUUGCCAAUCACAUGGACAUACCAUCAAAUGGCAGUAACAUGGUCAUGUUGUCCACCACAUCCUUGCUGCACGGCAAUUGCGUUUUCAAUCGCAACAACACGGUCGCCACGCAGCAGGGCAUGAAGACAUACUGGCUGUGCAAGUCCUAUCGCAUCAGCAUGUGUCGGGCGCGCUGCAUCACGCAUCUGGGCCGGAUUAUAUCCGCCACCGGAGUUCACAAUCACAUGCCCCAUAUGCGCGGCGGCGCUAGCAAUACCGGCACGCCCAGUAGCAGUAGCUCGGUGACGGUUACGCCCAAUCCUAAUCCCGGCCAGGCAGGCUACAACGUCUCUGAGGGCAGUCAUGUGACGCCUGCCCCGGCAGCAGCCGUCGUGGAAAUUAAUCAUGGAUCCGGCGCGCGCCUGGGUGCCAACAUAUUCGCUAACCAGACAUCAGCGUCGCCAGCCGGCUCACAUCAGCAUCACCAUCAUCAUCAUCAUCAACAUCUGACGCAGGCGCUGCCCAAUCUUCUCGUGCAGCAUCACAACUCGUCGCACGUCAGCAUGGAGCAGCAUAGCAUGGCCAAUGGUCCGCCGCAGCCGCCGCCGCCGCCGCCUCCACCGUCCAGCAGCGUCAUACAAAACAUAAUGCACAAUCCGAAUCUGAUGCAUUUGCCCAUGCAGGCACAGCCGCAUCCACAUCAUCACCAGCAACAGCAGCAACAUUCGCCGCACCAUUUGGAACUGGGCGUGGGGCCAGGGCCAUCGCUGCUGCCUCUGUCGCCCGCGCAGCUGCAGCAGCAGAGUCCGCAGUCGAACAGGAGCAGCCAAUCGAUGCAUGCGACCGAGUCGCCGCUAGGCAUGAAGAGCCCCCCGCCGCCGCCACAGCCAGCGGAUACGGAGCAGCGGCACAUGGACAUCAAUGCGAGCGCGGACGGAUCGGCGGAGAGCGCAGCGGGCACGGCAGCGCACGUCAUCGACUCUAUAACGAUAUCACCCGGCAGUGCCAGUCACAAUUUUAAAAUCGAGAACAUCUGAGGGCGCCGUUUCUAGUUAAUAAGACAACGAUAAUUUAUUGCGGCUGGAGCCGCUUAGUUAGUGUUUUUAUAGACGAAAUUCAAUUUGAUUGUAUGUACAUCAAUGUAUAUAGUACUACCUGCGGGCAUGUAUAUCGAAUGUAAAAUGCAAAUGCAAAUGCAAAUGAAACAUACAUACCAAUUGCGAUAGCUUUUCACA